ACACACACACACACACACACUCACACUCUGCAGGCAGGUAGAGUGUGACAGCUUCACAGUUUGUCAGAGAGUGGACAGAGAGAGGACAGACAGCCUGAGGAUCCUUGGUUUGGACAGAGAGCAGACAGACAGCCUGAGGAUCCUUGGUUUGGACAGACAGCAGACAGAGAGCAGACAGACAGCAGACAGAGAGCAGACAGACAGCAGACAGAGAGCAGACAGAGAGCAGACAGAGAGAGGACAGAGAGUGGACAGACAGCCUGAGGAUCCUCACUGCUCCAGACAGACACCACAUCUGAUUGGAUGGUUUAGUCAGAAUGACAGCCGAAGAUCCCGCCUCCUCCUCCUCCUCCUCUUCAGCCAUGAGUAAUAUCCCAGCGCCUUCCGGUUCCAUCGCCCCAGGCCCCUCCCAUCACUCCCCGCAUGGACCAAUCACAGUCCCCGAGGGUGUGUCCGGGGGCUCCCUAACGAAGCGGCCCUAGUGUCUCUGAUGGGGCGUACUGGUUACGGCAUGGUGCAAGAGAACGGUCAGAGGAAAUACGGGCCCCCGCCGGGCUGGGAUUCCGCCUCGCCGCCACGCGGCUGUGAGAUCUUUGUGGGUAAGAUCCCACGGGACGUCUACGAAGACGAGCUGGUUCCCGUGUUCGAGUCGGUGGGUCAGAUCUACGAGAUGCGUCUGAUGAUGGACUUUGACGGGAAGAACCGAGGCUACGCCUUCGUCAUGUACACGCAGAAACACCAGGCGAAACGUGCCGUUCGGGAACUUAACAAUUACGAAGUGCGUCCCGGACGACUCCUCGGGGUAUGCUGCUCUGUGGACAACUGCAGACUCUUCAUCGGCGGCAUCCCCAAAACCAAGAAGAGAGAGGAGAUCCUGGAAGAGGUGUCCAAGGUGACGGAAGGAGUUCUGGACGUCAUAGUGUACGCCAGCGCGGCAGACAAGAUGAAGAACCGUGGCUUUGCCUUCGUGGAGUACGAGAGUCACCGCGCGGCGGCCAUGGCGCGCAGGAAGCUGAUGCCCGGCAGGAUCCAGCUGUGGGGGCACCAGAUCGCCGUGGACUGGGCGGAGCCGGAGAUAGACGUGGACGAGGACGUCAUGGAGACCGUGAAGAUUCUAUACGUCAGGAACCUGAUGAUGGAGACCAGCGAGGAGACACUACGACAGGUGUUUGGCCAGUGGAACCAGGGCUGCGUGGAACGUGUCAAGAAGAUCCGAGACUACGCCUUCGUCCACUUCUCGUCCCGUGACGACGCGGUGGUCGCCAUGGACCACCUGAACGGGACGGAGGUCGAGGGUUCCUGUAUCGAGGUCACCCUGGCGAAGCCCGUCGACAAAGAGCAGUACACGCGUUACCAGAAGGCGUCUAGGGGCGCUACAGCGGCGACGGCCGCACCGGAACCGGUCCAGCAGAACUACGUGUACCAAUGUGACCCUUACACCCUCACCUACUACGGGUACCCUUACAACACACUGAUCGGACCUAACAGGGAUUACUUCAUCAAAGCAGGUGCUGUGCGAGGGCGUGGCCGUGCGGUAACGGGUAGCCGCGCCCCAGGCCCCCGGGGGUCAUACCUGGGGGGUUACUCUGCUGGGCGGGGUAUCUACAGCCGUUACCAUGAAGGCAAAGCCAAGGGCCCCGACAACAAAGCCUACGAGUUGUUACCUUCCAUGGAGCUGUCAGCUUCAGUCAACCCGCUGGGUAUCAAGCCUUGCACAAUGGGCCUGCAGGCUCUUGGGGGCCAGUACCCAGUGUUCCAGGGAGCCAAGCUGAUGGAGGAAGGGAAGAUGCAUCCCGCUGUGGAGCACCUCAUUAACCCGCUGACCCUGCAGCACGACCACACAGCCCAGACUACUGUCCUACCUGCUGUCUCCACACCUCCGCCCUACCAGGGUCGUCCCAUCACCCCAGUGUAUACCAUGACCCACAACAUGCAGCGUAUCCCCGCGGCCGGCGGUCUGUACGGAGGAGGCUACAUGCCCAUCACAAACUACAACGCCGCUGCCCUGGCAGCCCUGCAGAAGAACGCAGCUGCGGCGGCUGCAGCUUACGGAGGGUACGCGAGUUACGCUGUGCCUCAGGCCUUCCCUGGCGCUGCGUUUCAGGUGCCCAUCCACGAUGUCUACCAGACCUACUGACUGAUACCAGACCUACUGACUGAUACCAGACCUACUGACUGAUACCAGACCUACUGACUGAUACCAGACCUACUGACUGAUACCGGACCUACUGACUGAUACCAGACCUACUGACUGAUACCAGACCUACUGACAGAUACCAGACCUACUGACUGAUACCAGACCUACUGACUGAUACCAGACCUACUGACUGAUACCGGACCUACUGACUGAUACCAGACCUACUGACUGAUACCAGACCUACUGACUGAUACCAGACCUACUGACUGAUACCAGACCUACUGACAGAUACCAGACCUACUGACAGAUACCAGACCUACUGACAGAUACCAGACCUACUGACUGACUGAUACCAGACCUACUGACUGAUACCAGACCUACUGACAACAGUUAAUCAGAUACCAGCUGUCUGGUCCACAACGCCUGUUCAACCACCACUCAACGUUCAAACAACUUGUGCGUCACAACGUCAGGCAAGAAACUACAGAAGACCUAUAGAAGACCUCAUCUCCACAUAUCACCUCCCUCCUCUCCCCUCUCCCCUCUCCCCUCCUCUCCUCUCCCCUCUCCUCUCCCCUCUCCCCUCUCCCCUCUCUCCUCCCCUCUCCCCUCUCCUCUCCCCUCUCCCCUCUCCCCCCCUCCGUUCAGCAACAUCUACGCAACGUCAGGAAAAAAACCCAAAAACCAAAUGGACCCUUUAAUCAAUAACACAAACUCUACUCAGCGUCGGUUCUUCAACAUUAGCCCAACAUCUAGGCCACGUUAUGACGUCGUGCCAAAAACCCUUUCGACGUUUUAACAACGUCUAUGCAACGUCUCCCUCGCUGGCUUCUUUCGCCAGGGUUCUUGUUGGUCCUAAUGAAUACUGGGACCAGACUUCUUUGCCCCCCUGACUUUCACACAAUAUACUCUUCUGUAAUUGAAUAGAGCCUAUAUCCCUCAUGUUCAAAUCUGGAGAGUUCCUCUGUUUUCUUUCAUUGUUCCCCCUCGAAUCAGGGCCUGAUUUAGACCUGGGACACCAGGGCCUGAUUUAGAUCUGGGACACCAGGGCCUGAUUUAGACCUGGGACACCAGGGGCUGAUUUAGACCU